AUUAUAAUCAUUACAGUAGUCAACUACAUAGUUAUUUAUUCAGUCGGAUAAUUUAUCGUAAAGUAAAUAUCAACAUGUCGAUAAGUAAACUUCAAGAUAUUUUAAGCUUAGCUGAGUGCUUACAGAUUGUUAGCAAUGAUUUAGAUACGAAGCUAAUAAAAGAGAUAAAAAUUAUAAAUUAUGAGAUAAAAGCAGCAGAUGAUCUUUGCGGAUUUAUGGGCGAAUAUUUUAGAUUAAUCGUUAAAGCGCAAAUAAUAAUAAACGCCAGCGAGUAUUCAGAGAAAAUUUUUAAUUAUUUCAUAAAAAGUCUCCCGAUUUGCAAUAAAUUACAGCGUCUGCAUUGCGAAAGCAUAGGAGUUCUUCGAAAAGAAUCGGGAAUUUAUAAAAAUGUUUUACCAAAUCUGCAACGUUAUGCUAGCAAACAACUUUUUGCGAAAUGUUAUCUAGCGAGAGAUGAUUUAGUUGUUUUGGAAGAUCUGAUGCAAACCGAUAAAUGCAUCAGGCAUUUAAAGUCGAAUGAAUAUAACGAAAAGUAUUAUAAAUUAGUUUUACAAGACUUAGCUCAGUUACAUGUUGCGAGCAUGUGCUGGGAACUAAGGGAUAAGAUUGACAUACAAAAAGACUUUGGCCACAUAUUGUGUGAAUUCGAGCUAACGGUUACCAACGAAUGGUUUCGCACGGGUGUAAGGAGCAUUCUAUUUUUAGCUCAAAAGCAUCCACAAUAUCAAUAUAAAAUCGCUCAAGAUUUUAUUAAGGAAAAACUUUGCGAAUUAUUAGAAAAUUUGGAUGAAUUCAUCAAUGCCUCGUCUUCACUGCAAAAUGUCUUCUGUCAUCGCGAUGUUUGGGGUGAAAAUAUAUUUUUUCAAUAUGACGACAAAUGUACAAGCGAGCCGAUUACUUGUCUACUAGUUGAUUUCUCAUCGGCCCGGUAUUGCCCACCUGCUAUAGAUAUUCUAUAUUUCCUUUACAAUAACUUAUCGUCAAAUGAAGAAGAAAGAGUUGAGCUUUUGAAAAUCUUAUUGGAUUUUUAUUAUAAAUCUUUGUCUGAAUUUGCGAGAAAUUUGAAUUUAAAUUUGGAUACGUAUACGCGUAAACAUUUUGACGAGGACUGUCAGCGAGCUUUGCUACCGGUUUUAGUGCAAAGAGCUAUAUGUGAACCGUUAAUGAAAUUGCCGGAGGGAUGGGCGCAAAAAAUGCGAGAUGAAGAGAGUGCAACUUAUGAUCAUUACAUGAAUGUCGAUCGCACGGAAAUGUUUCUACGGGUUUCUCAAUUGGAUAAAAACUAUUGGAAUUUGAUUUUGAAACCUAUACAAGAAAUAAUGGAAUAUUUUGGUUUUCAAGGCCAAUAACAUAAUAAUAAGGGCACAUCCAUCUCAUUUACUCCUAUUGAGAUUUUGUAUUCCAAAGCAACAGUAUUUUUCAAAAUAAUCGUUUAAAUAAAUUUAAAAAGUGCGGACUUAAAGUCUGCCGAAUAAUUUAGAUCACAUGCUCACGUGUAUUGAAAACUUCACUGCACUUGGGAUUUGAACCCGCGACCGUAAAAUUGUUAGUCAUGAUCCUUUGCCUGAUCGGGUACUUAUGCGGUAUAUUUUUUCAAAAUAUUAAUUUCGCAAUAAACCCACCAUUUCGAGAGAAUAUGACCUGGAAAUUAUUAACUUUUUCUUUUUUUGAGAUAUCGAAAUCCUUAAUGUUCUAGGCGGUUAAUUGGUUGAGUUUGACAGUCUUUAUAUUGGUUGAAUAAGAUAACAAUUCAGCAUCGCGGCAAGAGUGGAGGAGUGAAGAAAAUAUUACCCCGUCUUCAUAUAUCACGUGUUUAUUUGUAUUAAAAACUCUACCGCACUUGGGAUUUGAACCCGCUAACAUUGCAAUAAACCCACCAUUUCGAGAGAAUAUGACCUGGAAAUUAUUAACUUUUUCUUUUUUUGAGAUAUCGAAAUUCUUAAUGUUCUAGGCAGAAGGACUGAAGGUGAAGGAAUGAAGAAAAUAUUAGCCUGUCUUCAGGCAGUGGUAUUUUGCAAAAAAAUCUUGAAUCUGCCUACGUUUGUGCGAGAUUGAAAAGGGGUUCGAAUGCUUGCCAACAGCAAGAGGUCACGUCUGGUUUGAAAAAAUUAAAAUUACUCUUUAUUUCUUUGUUUUGAGCAUAUCGGUAUUGAGAAGAAGAACGAAUUGGAUUUUUGCGAUCUUAGCCCUGUGAUAAGUGCCUUUAAUGAAAAACACUAUGAUUAAGUUUUUACUUCUCUUUUUAUUUAUUUAACAAUUUUUUUUUUUAUA